CAACGUAAACGGUCGCAAUUGUCUAUUGUUGUCGCUUGUAUGUUCUUGUCGGAAAAACAAGUUUUUUUUCGUGAUUUCGAAUAGAGUUUCUUUUUGGUUAUUUAUUAAUUUUGCUAAAAAAAAUAUCUUUUUUUUUUGAGAGAACGUUUGAAAUACUAAACUUUUCAUGUAGGUUGUUAAAUUCAAAAAGAAUCAUUUAUUUACAUUCUAUUUUUAUUUAUGUGCACUACUGCGACCAAACGUGAAUAUAAUUAGGACAUGUAAUCCAGUUCAGCACAAAAGUGUAUCAACAAAAUCACAAUAAAAUUGAUGACUAGUACACACCGGCCAUAAUGUUACGAAACUGUGCAUGUUUCAGUCGACAAAGACGUAGUUCUAGUUUCGAGGAUUCCUCGUCAUGCCGGUCGUCCGAAAUAGAGCGUGGCGUGGAAAGAAAUCCACAUGCCAGUUUGCUCAAACUAUUAACAUCGAAAGGAUGGUAUCGACAAUGGCGAAAACCAGAACGAGAAAUGAGCAUGACACGUGUGGAAAGAACUAUGAAAGCGGCUAUUUUAAUUCAAAGAUGGUACCGUCGAUAUUUGGCUCGAAUGGAAGUGAGGCGACGUUACACAUGGACCAUCUUUCAGAGCAUUGAGUAUGCAGGCGAACAAGACCAAGUUCAGCUGUAUAACUUUUUCAACGCACUGUUAAUUCACAUUCCUGAUGCAGCGAAUAAAACUACUUGCUCAUCCAAUACAUCCCGAUCUUCGUCACAUGAUGCAUUAGAUUCAAAGUACUCGGAUGAAUCGGAAGAUGCAGGCGACGAAGGUAUAACCGGACCGGAGCGGACGUACAGAGGGCCACAUAUGACAUUCCCGUUACAAAAGAAGGACAUAGACAUUUUAAUAAAUUUAUUUCGUAAGAAAAAGUAUAAUCGUCUUCAUGCCAAAUACGUAGCUGGUAUCUUAAGGGAAGCGACUGCCCGACUGAAAAGACUACCAAAUCUAAAUCAAGCAUCCACAGCAAUAUCAAAACAAGUUACAAUUUGCGGUGACAUUCACGGGAAGCUUGAUGAUUUACUUGUGGUAUUUCAUAAGAAUGGACUACCUUCUCCAGAAAAUCCAUAUGUGUUCAAUGGUGAUUUUGUAGAUCGCGGAAAGAAAAGUUUAGAAGUUUUGCUACUAUUGCUAUCCUGUCUUAUUGUAUUCCCUGGUGGCGUGUAUCUGAAUAGAGGAAAUCACGAGGAUACAGUGAUGAAUGCAAGGUAUGGAUUUAUACGUGAGGUACAUCAAAAAUAUAAGCACAACGCAGAGCGUCUUCUAAAACUGAUUGACGAAGUGUAUCGGUGGUUACCAUUAGGAACUAUUGUAAAUAACCGGGUGCUGGUUGUUCAUGGAGGAAUUUCGGAUUCAACUGACUUGGAUUUGAUUAAAAGUAUGGACAGAGCGAAGUAUGUAUCCCUCCUACGACCACCUUUAGCGGAAAAUAAUGCUCCCGGAGCUGAUAUCGACAAAGUUGAGUGGAAACAGGUAUUCGAUAUACUGUGGAGUGACCCUCAACAUAAUGAAGGGUGUCAACCGAACGGACUUCGAGGUGCCGGAACGUAUUUCGGUCCCGAUGUGACUCAGACAUUUUUACAAAAAUACAAAUUAGUGUUUCUGGUGCGCUCGCAUGAAUGCAAACAUGAGGGAUAUGAUCACAUGCAUGAUGGAAAGGUUAUCACAAUAUUUUCGGCAUCAAAUUAUUACGAAAUAGGAUCGAAUAAGGGAGCAUACUUGAAACUAAAUCCUCAAUUAGAUACUCAUUUUGUUCAAUAUACAUCAGCUGCAUCCAAGACACGCCGGCUAACAUUCAGACAAAGAAUUGGCUUAGUGGAAAGCUCUGCUAUUAGAGAGCUGGGUGCAAGAUUGCGGGAACGAGGAAAUGAAUUGGAAAAGGAGUUCAAGGAUCGAGAUCCGGAAUCGACCGGCGUCAUUUCGUUGUCGAAGUGGUGUGAGGCAAUGGAAGCGGCCACAAAAUUGGGCUUACCGUGGCGGCUACUAAGAGACAAACUAGCACCGCCAGAAAAUGAUAGUGUUGUCACUGACGUCAAUUACAGAAAAACUCUGGAAAUGCUUGACACGGAUUUGAUUAAAACUGCGCACGCAGGCUCAACUUCCGUAGCGGAUUCUUUGUAUAAAAACAAAAGUAGUCUGGAAGUGAUCUUCCGUAUCUUAGAUAAAGACAAUUCAGGUUUCAUUUCUCUGGACGAAUUUGGUGAAGCGUGUGAACUGCUAAGAAGACACCUUCCCGAGCAUGAUACCAAAGAGAAUUUAUUGGAAAUGUGUAAACUGAUGGACAUUAACAAAGACGGUCUGGUGGAUUUGAACGAAUUUUUGGAAACAUUUAGACUGUGCGAACAGGCCAAAGGAAAUUAUUGCAAACCGACGGAGAAUUCCAAUCAUUUGACAAAGCAAGUCACAGAAGAGGACGAAGAAGACCUAGAUUGUGGCGAAGAAACUCCAAAGAAAUCUUAAGUCAACAUUUGUGUUCGGUACUCGGCGAUAUGUCUAGUCAAUUUUUCUUUUCUUCACCUAAGUUUGAAACUGAAAUUCACAUUGCUUGUAUCGCUGGCUGUGGAAUUUCCAAACAGCAAAGAGUGUUUUUGUCAAACAUUAAACGAAUUAAAACAAAUAACAAAAUUUAUCGAUAAUUCUGCCAAAAUAGCAAUAUUUCUAAGUCCAAAAAAAAACUUUAAAACUAAUGGGAACAAUUUAAUGUUAAUCACAAUUGAUAUUACUAUACAUUCAUGACUAAAAAAACAAAUUGAGAAUAAAUUAGUGAAAAUGCUUCAGAAGCUACUUUUUUGUGGAUAUAAAAAAUUCUUUGAACGGGAACAAUUACAUAAAAUAAUUUAUAAUAUGGAUGUCUUUCGUAACACUCUCUAAAAAUUUAUACAAAAACUACACAAAACUUUUAAAAUUAAAAAUUAUUCAAGUACAAUGUUACCAUAUAAUCUAAAAUUUUUUCGGAAAACUACAUUAUAUAUUUACCCAUCAAUCCAUUUCAAAAUGUCUAUUAUGAAAUUAAAUAUAAAUGUUGCACCUCGCCGAUUUCACGUCCAAAGUCAGAAAAUCGUGCAGAUAUCAGAGCACUAAAAUAUUUUUACUUUACUAAAGGAAUUAUUAAAUUUUAUGGAUUUUAAAUGAAUUGAA